GGCGAGCGCCUCCCCUCCUCCCCCCCGUUAUCUAUCGCCUCCUCCGCAGCCUCCUCGCCAUCGCAAUUCGCACCAGUCACCAGCGCAUCGCCUCUCCCCGCCAUUUGGCCCGGAACCCCUCGCGACCUCAUCUCCUCCUCGUCAUCCCACGCGUAGAGUUCGUCAGGGUCGCCUCCAGUGGAUCUCGAGAAGUCCGAUUUCCCAGGCGCUGCUGUUACCUUGGGUGGAGCUCGGACCGCGGAUUAGUGGGAUUUUGAAGGGAGACGGUGUUUACUGACUUCCUUUCACUACUCAUACCAAAUCCUUUGUUUCGAGUCGGAAGCAACUGAUUUUGGGCGUCGCGGCUUAAGAAUAAUUUCUUCCAGCCCGGAUACAUAUUCGUACUUGGAUUCAGCGUAUGCAUUUUUUAUGCUGACAUAGGAUGUGCUCCACCAUCUGUGAACUCCCUCUAGUUGCACAAACCAACCACUGCAGUGCUCUCUCUCUCUUCGAAUCAGGCUAAUGGGUAGCGCUUGCCAAGCUGGCAUGGACGGGCCUUCCCGCAAGGAUGUGUUGGGGAUAGGGAAUGUCGCCUUAGAGAAUGGCCACCAUGAGGUUGGAGCUGAUGCAGAUGAAUGGAGGGAAAAGGAAGAGGACUUGGCCAAUGGGCACAGUGCGCCACCGGGCAUGCAGCAGGUGGAUGAGCAGGAGCAACAAGGACAAAGCAUUCACUGGGAGAGGUUCCUACCUGUGAAGACACUGAGAGUCAUGCUGGUGGAGAAUGAUGACUCUACUCGUCAGGUGGUCAGUGCCCUGCUCCGUAAGUGCUGCUAUGAAGUUAUCCCUGCUGAAAAUGGUUCACAUGCAUGGCGAUAUCUUGAAGAUCUGCAGAACAACAUUGACCUUGUAUUGACUGAGGUUUUCAUGCCUUGUCUAUCUGGCAUCGGUCUGCUUAGCAAAAUCACAAGUCACAAAAUUUGCAAGGACAUUCCUGUGAUUAUGAUGUCUUCAAAUGACUCUAUGAGUAUGGUGUUUAAGUGUUUGUCGAAGGGAGCAGUUGACUUCUUGGUAAAGCCACUACGUAAGAAUGAGCUUAAGAACCUUUGGCAGCACGUUUGGAGGCGAUGCCACAGUUCCAGUGGCAGUGGAAGUGAAAGCGGCAUCCAGACACAGAAGUGUGCCAAACCAAAUACUGGUGAUGAGUAUGAGAACGACAGUGACAGCAAUCAUGAUGAUGAAGAAAAUGAUGAAGACGACGACGAUGACUUCAGUGUCGGACUCAAUGCUAGGGAUGGAAGUGAUAAUGGCAGUGGUACUCAAAGCUCAUGGACAAAACGUGCUGUGGAGAUUGACAGUCCAGAACCUAUGUCUCCUGAUCAACUAGCAGAUCCACCUGAUAGUACAUGUGCACAAGUAAUUCACCCCAAAUCAGAGAUAUGCAGUAACAAGUGGCUACCGACAGCAAACAAAAGGAAUGGCAAGAAACAUAAGGAGAAUAAAGAUGAAUCUAUGGGAAGAUACUUAGAAAUAGGUGCUCCUAGGAACUCAAGUGCAGAAUAUCAAUCAUCUCUCAAUGACGUAUCUGUUAAUCCAACAGAAAAACGUCAUGAGACUCACAUGCCCCAAUGCAAAUCCAAAAAGAAAAUGAUGGCAGAAGAUGAUUGUACAGACAUACCUAGUGAAAUAAAUACUGAAACUGCUGAUUUGAUUAGCUCAAUAGCCAGAAACACAGAAGGCCAACAAGCAGUACGAGCUGUUGAUGCACCUGAUGGCCCUUCCAAGAUGCCCGAUGGAAAUGAUAAGAAUCAUGAUUCUCAUAUCGUGGUGACACCCCAUGAGUUGGGUUUGAAGAGAUUGAGAACAGAUGGAGCUGCAGAUGAAAUCCAUGAUGAGCGAAAUAUUCUCAAAAGAUCAGAUCAGUCAGCCUUCACCAGGUACCAUACAUCUGUGGCUUCCAAUCAAGGUGGAGCAAGAUGUGGGGAAAGCUCUUCACCACAAGAUAACAGUUCUGAGGCUGUGAAAACAGACUCUACAUGCAAGAUGAAGUCAAAUUCAGAUGCUGCUCCAAUAAAGCAGGGCUCCAAUGGCAGUAGCAACAACGAUGUGGGCUCCAGUACAAAGAAUGUUAUUGCAAAGCCUUCAGCUAACAGGGAGAGAGUAACGUCACCAUCAGCCAUCAAAUCUACCCAGCAUGCCUCAGCAUUUCAUACUAUACAGAAUCAAACAUCACCUGCUAAUCUGGUUGGUAAAGACAAAGCUGAUGAAGGAAUUUCCAAUGCAGUGAAAAUGAGCCACCCAACAGAGGUUCCACAAAGCUGCGUCCAGCAUCAUCACCACGUGCAUUAUUACCUCCAUGUUAUGACACAGAAACAGUCAUCAAUCGACCGUGGAUCAUCAGAUGUUCAGUGUGGUUCGUCAAAUGUGUUUGAUCCUCCUGUUGAAGGACAUGCUGCAAACUAUAGUGUGAAUGGGGGUGUCUCAGUUGGUCAUAAUGGGUGCAAUGGCCAGAAUGGAACGAGCACUGUCCCCAAUAUUGCAAGACCAAACAUAGAGAGUGUUAAUGGUACCGUGAGCCAAAAUAUCGCUGGAGGUGGCAUUGUAAGUGGGAGUGGGAGUGGCAAUGAUGUGUAUCAGAAUCGAUUCCCCCAACGAGAAGCUGCAUUGAACAAAUUCAGACUGAAGCGGAAAGAUCGGAACUUUGGUAAAAAGGUUCGCUACCAAAGCAGGAAGAGGCUUGCUGAGCAGCGGCCUCGGGUCCGUGGACAGUUUGUGCGACAAUCUGGGCAAGAAGAUCAAGCAGCACAAGGUUCAGAAAGAUGACACGGACCUUCUAAUACGUACAACAUGGCAUCUUCAUCGACAGAUCUGACAAUUAGGUGGUUCUUCCCAUUGCGCAUCUUCAUUGACAGAUCUGAGAAUUAAGUGGUUCUUCCCAUCACUGAUAGUAACCCAUUGAUUCCCAACGUUAGAGUACUCAAUAAAUAAGACUAGUUGUCAAUUUCUGUGGUCGACUCCAGAUUAUCACCCUAGUGCUAUGGAGUCAAACAUGUAAUAUUUAUGUAUGUUCGAGCUUGGCGGUUUGCAAUCUUCAUUUUCCUUGCAGAGAUAUUCUUAGCCAAGUGUCUUAAGGAGGAGCAAAUCAGCAGCGUCAUUGCUAUUAUUAUAUUACUAUACAUACUAAUAUGAUUGAGCUGGAAUUCUGUUGUAGUUCAUCCA